UUUUUUUUGUCUAAUCAUUUAUUGAUUUACUUAUAUUUUUCGGUGAAAAUGUUUAAACACACAACUCAAGCUAAUCCAACUUUGAUCAAUUGUCAAACAAAACAAAAAGAAAUAGCUCAUCAGCAAAUGCAAAAAACACAUUGUCAUGACACUAACAAACGUCAUCAGAAGCAUGAACAAAUAGAAAUUACUAAACAAGAUAAAGAAAACAACGAAAGGCUACUAACAGAGAAAAAUGCAUUAAAAUAUCGAUAAUCCUCGUUAGAAUACUAUUUGUUUUAUUUAGAUGCCUCCUUCAAACAAAGAUGAUCUAAAACAAGAAGCAGGCAAAUUUUAAACAAAAACUACGAUGCUUACUAAAAAAAAAAUAAAAAUAAAAAAAUAAAAAAUCUCCGGAAGAAACCUUUAUGCUUUUUUUAUA